UUCUCUUUCACAAUCCUGAUAUAGUAACUCUCUGUCUAUUCAAUUGUGAGGUGCCAAGGUUACGAUCGUGGGCUACUGACAGGCCACAAUCUUUCUCAUAUCAGGUUUUCCUAAAGUUCUUCAUUCAGUACUCUGUAGCUACUGACAGGCCAGUACAGCAUAUUCUCAUGGCUGAAGCUCUGAUCACAGCUGCGAAAUGCUUUGUUCCUAAAUCAAAGGAGGAAGAAGAAGAAAUCGAAAGAAUCUACAACAGUUACAGAAACAUAAUCGCAACCCUUCCAAGAAACAGAGGAUGGGCGACUCAGCAUCUUUGUCAAUAUCAAGGUUUUUGGUUUCAACCCAUGGUUGGUCUUGAAGGGAUCAUGUGGAUGCAACAACACUUCAUCUCUCGACCCACUGACCUUUACCUUAUCUCCUCUCCAAAAUCAGUCCAGUCCUCCUUCUCCAUUCACGAUCUUCUUCAAGCUUCAGCAGUUCAGCUUCAGCCUUCAAGUCUUCAACUUCAAGUCUUCAACCUCUUCAAUCAUCGCUGGUCUGCUACUCUGCUUCUUCCUUGUCGUGGUUGGUCUGCUACUCACUCGUUAGUCGUGACUUCAACACUUCAGUUCAGAGUCUUCAUUCUUCAACUUCAAGUGUUCAACGGUUAAAACUCUUCAAUCAUCGCCGUCGCCAUCUAAAAGCCUACUUAUUCCUUGUUGUUGCUGGUCUGUCAGAUUUGUCAGUCACUACUUCAACUUCAAUUGAGAUCUCAGUCUUCACAUCUGCCGCUGUCUGCAAGCUGCCAUCUGCCGUCGACCAAGUAACAAACUGCUGUAAGAGACUAAGAGUCAUCCUAUCUUUCUCUGUCUUCUAUUUCAUAUCAUGAUUCAUGAUAUUGUAUUGAUUCAUAAUAUUGCAUUAUUGUGAAUCUGUGAUGUGAAUCACUGAAUCUGUCAAUUUAAAUUUUGAAACUCUUAAAACUGAUUUCUUAUUGUGAAUCUGUCAUUUGUCAAUUGAAUUUAUGAAACUCUAAAAUGUAAUUUCUCAUAGGAAAUUUAGAAAUUGAUGGUGAAACUGUGAAAGUUUCACCGUGAAGCUUCAUUACACUAUUACAAUAACAGAGUUGAAGGUUGUAAAAUGUAACUCUAAAAUGUAAGCUUCCUUGUGUUGAAACCAUGAUAUAGGAUUGGGAUAAAUAAGAGGAUAACUUUUUGUUAUACUUUCAAUUUGUGCGCAGCAUAUUGCCAUUUAAACUUCGAAGUUUUUUUUUAGUUUUUGCGGAUGUCAUCAUGCUAACAUCAGCAGUCCGACCGACCGGUCCAACCGGGAAAAUCGAAAACCGGCCGAGUCGACUCUUGGUCCGGUUUUCAGAACAUUGCUUGUAACAUAGUUAUGAUUCUACAGUUAGAUUACACACAGCCAAUUCCGAAGGAUGCCAAAAUGAAACUCCACUUGCGGAUGGUGAUAGCCAACUUGGAACUAUUGGAUGUGUAGCUGUUGAUAAUGAAGGAAAUUUAACUUC